AUGAACAUGGACACUAAUAAAGCUAAUCAGGCCGCAGCUUCGGCGGCUAGCCAAGCUGCUGCUGUAGCUCGUCAGAAACGGUUGAAGGCGGGCACAGCCUGCACAAACUGCCGUAAAAAGAAGCUGAGAUGCACCGGAACCCCUAAUUGUGCCCGGUGUGUCACCCAUAAACUUGAUUGUGUCGUCGACGAGGCCCUGUUCCUGAAGACCAAUAGCGCUAAAAGCUUAUUCGCCAAAACCGCCGCGGGCACUCGACUUUCUACUUCUUUGUCUUCCUCCAACAACAACAUCAACGCCUCUUCCUCUACUUCUGCACAACGUCUUGAUCAGCAAAAACACGCUCACCCAUAUCACCCCGUGUCACACUCCAAACACCAACAACAGCAGUUCCCACACCCUUCUGAUCCCUAUUACCCUCGCGACCAUGGUUCUUCCUCCUCUGGUGGCUCCGGUGACGAAAUGAUGGACGCAAUUCGUCACGAUCCCUACAGCUUCCACACCGAUCGUCGUAUGUCUGGCAGCAGUAUGACAAGUCUCUCGAGUCUCAGUCCUGGCCCCUCCUCUCCUUCAACCUUUGGCCACAACUCUUACCCUCCCUUGGGUUCAUCCUCUUCUUCCUCCAACUACUAUCCAAAGACGAAUUCCGGCUCACGAACAAAUGCUACGACUGCUGAUGCUUCUCAAACAUCCGCUGGUAAAGCAUCCAAGAGUCGCCCCCCAGCACCAACCAUCUCCAUCCCUAACGCCGGCGCCACUGAAUCAUACUCGUCUCCAUCCACAUCCUCGGCUCCAGUAACCGCCAGCAAGAAAAGAGCCUCAAAGGACCAAGGCUCGACCAAACUAAAACAGAAGAGAACCAAUUCCAAGGCAGCAGCGGACACGAGUUCGACGGGGCCAGGUCUGGAUGCCGAUCCUUGCUCGCCUACCUUUCCUCUCCAAGACUCGUCCAAAUCAACUAAGAAGAAUGGAGAGCAAAAGUCUGUCGUGAGCACUAUGAGUCUUGAUGGACAUGGCCAACAGUAA